AUGACUAGAAAACAUCUAAUGGUAUUAAUAUCUGGUAAUGGUACGAAUCUUCAAGCAAUAAUCGAUGCUAUAAAUUCGGGCUAUUUGAAAGAUUGUGUUAUCGACUUGGUAAUUUCUAAUAGAAAGUCUGCCUAUGGUUUGACACGUGCUGCCGAGGCAAACAUUCCAACGUUGGUGUUUCCUUUGAAACCGUAUAAAGACUCGGGAAAAUCACGCAUCGAUUAUGAUUUAGAUCUUGCUAAAAAAAUCAUAGAGUUUGCUAACGAUCAUAUCAAUGAUAAUAACCACAAGAUUGAUAUGAUUGUUCUUGUUGGUUGGAUGCAUAUAUUAUCAAAUGAAUUUUUAAAAUUUUUUCAGAAAAAUGAAGGGAACGAGGAAACACCAAUAAUAAAUCUACAUCCUGCUUUACCAGGUCAAUUUGAUGGUGCAAAUGCUAUCGAGAGAGCUUACGAAGCUUUUAAAAAAGGUGAAAUUAAUAAAACUGGUGUUAUGGUACAUAAAGUUAUCGUUGAUGUCGAUAAAGGUCAACCGUUACUGAUCGAAGAAGUCCCGAUUCUUGAUUCAGAUACUUUGAAUGAUCUUGAAUCUCGUAUACAUUCAGUCGAACAUAGACUAAUUGUUAGCGCAAUAAACAAUUAUUUCAAUAUACAAUAA